CUGAUGGAUCUUUGUAAUUCACCCUUUGAUUUUUCGUUGCUACCUUCGAGGAAACUCGAAAAUCUAGGGUUUGGAAGUUCAACAUGUGCGGUUGUGUUCGUCUUGCGUGUUUGGGCAUUGAAACUCGAAGAUUAGGGUUAGUAAGAUGUAACUCUAAGCUGACAAUUUAUACACCGGAUCCGUCAGGAAUGAUCAGUUACAGGUUUUGUACAAAACCUUCAAAUGGCUGUAAUCCAGUUCUAGCAGCUUACAGAAAUGGUGGGUUUCAGUUUACAGGAAACCGUUUUGUACAAAAUGGGUGCGAAAUAGGUGGUUCGAGAUCAAUGAAUUCUGUAAAGAUGAACAAGUCGGAUGUGUUAGGACCGGAAAACUAUGAUCUUUUUGAUGAAUUCGGGUUCAAGGAGAAAGAUAAAAGAAAUUAUGAGUUUGAGACACGACAUAAAGGUGGAGAAGAAAAGUGUGCGUCUCUCAACUGGGCAAAGGAAAAAGGAAUUGGUUUCAAUAAGGAGGAAAGAGUACAAAAUGACAAUAACAGUGCAUCUGUCUCUUCGGAUUUUGAUUUCCUUGAGACGAAGACUGAUUUGAAAAAUGAGAAUAGAAGUACCACGACUUUGGGGAACGAGGAUUUGACUCAAAUUGAAGGCUCGAGUAGGGCUGGUUCGGCGGAGGAUCUCGAGCAGUCUAUCGAAAAGUCGGGUUUGAAAGGUGGAAGAAGACAAGUAAUAAAGAGAUCGAGCAUGCUAGCAAAGCAAGUGAUUAGCGUGCAGUCUGCUCUUAGCUUGGGCUUUGUCUCGCAACUUUGGGUUGACACCAACUCAUGGGAAGUACUUGUCAUAGAAGUUCGGCCAAGCUUGCUUUCUGGGGAAACAGAAAGGUUUCUUCUGGAUGAUGUCUUCCGGGUUGGGGAUGUUGUGCUUGUACAAGACGAGUGCAUACUGGAGAAUCAGCUUAAAAUGAUUGGACUGGAUACUUUGGUAGGAUACGAUGUUGUAACACCUAGCAGACACAAUAUUGGAAAGGUGCGAGGCUACAAUUUUAGCAUCAACUCAGGGGCAGUGGAAUCACUUGAGUUUGAUUCUUUUGGAAUUUCUGUUAUCCCAUCAAGUUUGGUUAGCAUAUAUGCUUUGUCUGUUGAUGAUGUUCUUGAAGUUGCCUCUGACACUGUGGUAGUGCAUGAAGCUGCAGCCUCCCAUGUACAAAGACUAACAAAGGGUUUCUGGGAUACUCGGUAUGUGGCAGCUACCAAAGAUGGGUUUGGAGGAUAUUCUGAUAUUGCAAGAGGCAACCCAAAAAGUUUCAGACGACGGUUUGGUUCAAAAAAGAGGAAAGAUGACGAUUGGGGACUUCCAAUGGAUUAUUUGUAACAUCUCUCUCUCUCUCUCUCAGCCGACAUGUUUGUAUAGUCUAGCUCUAUGCAUGUAUUUACAAUUAAUUUUGUGUAUAUGCACUGAAAAAUUACGCUUAUAGUAAUCUAAACAUUGACUACAUAAGUUGCAUUUGGA